AUGAAUGGGAUGAUGGGGGAUGGAAAAUGUUUUCAUAUGAGGUGCGCUGCUCACAUAUUGAAUUUGGUGGUAAAUGAGGGUUUGAAAGAUAAGCAUUUGUCUAUUACUAGUGUUAGGGAUGCUGUUAGAUUUGUCAAGUCCUCACCUCAUAGGGCAGCCAAGUUUAAAGAGUGCAUUGAAUUUGCUGGAAUAACUUGUAAAAAACUAGUAUGUCUCGAUGUUUCAACUCGUUGGAACGCGACAUAUUUGAUGCUUGAGGUUGCAGAGAAAUUUCAAGCUGCUUUUGAUAAGCUUGAGUAUGAAGAGUCGAGCUAUAGGGAGUUCUUUGGAAAAGGUAGUCCUCCUAGUAGUGAUGAUUGGGACAUUGUUAGAGCUUUCAUCUCUUUUUUAAAGUUAUUCUAUGAAGCAACUAAUGUUUUUUCCACCUCUCAAAGUGUGAGUUUAUAUAGUGCUUUUCACCAAGUGUCUGCGAUCUAUUGUGAGCUGAAGCAAGCUACUAUGAACUUGAAUGGUGUUUUUGCAAGUGUGGGUGGGGACAUGAUGGAAAAGUAUAAUAGAUAUUGGGGGUGUGCUACUAAGAUGAACAAGUUGAUUUAUUUUGGAAUCAUUUUGGAUCCAAGAUACAAGUUGAGUUAUAUUGAGUGGACUUUUAAGGAUAUGUAUGGAGUCGGAUCUGUGUUUGCUACCGGGUUGAUCAAAUCUAUAAAAGAGAGCUUACAAAAAUUGUAUGAUUGGUAUAAGCAAGCUUAUGACCAAAAUCAUAAUAGACAACCUCUUGGUAAUGGUGAAAACAAUGUUUCCAAUGAUGAAACAACAGCUGGCCGUCCUUCACUAAUGGCUAGAGCCGAUGCUUUUGAGCAACAUUUAGAGGAACAAGACUCGAUUGAUCAACAAAAUGAGCUUGAGGGUUUUUACUCUAGUAAGUGUGUCAAAAGGGAUCCUAAAUUUGACCUUCUUGUGUGGUGGAAACACAAUUCAACACAAUAUCCUAUUUUAUCUACAAUAGCUAAAGAUAUUUUUGCCACACCAGUGUCUACGGUUGCAUCAGAAAGUGCCUUUAGUACGGGAGGGAGAGUCUUAGAAACUUAUAGGAGCUCCCUAAAACCUGAAAUGGCAGAGGCAUUAAUUUGCACCCAGAAUUGGUUAAAGUCGUCUUUUACCUAUUUCAAAGACUUGAACCUCAUGGAAGAUUUUGAGCUUUCUGAAGAUAUUAUAGCAGAAUUUGAAGAAAUUUCUUCUACAGCAAGAAGAGGAUCUUUACCAUCUCAGCCACAACCUUCUGGUUGUGCUUGAAAAAUAUGGAGG